AUGACGACUCGCUCCGCCGUCCCCGACCGCGUCCUCUCCCCCCGUUCCGCAGCCACCGACAGGCGUGCAGCGCGCCGUGAACAACUGCGUGACUUCUACGGCCUCAAGGGCGCCGCUGCUCCCACUUCGCCCACACUCAAGCCUCGCUCGGGAGGUGGUACUCCACGCUCAGGGGGAGCAAGUCCGGACCCUAGGGCCGAGAGGAGGGAUUUGUCUUCUACGCAUUUCGUGCCGGCUGAAUAUUACGAGGAGCUCAUUGCUAGGGCGGGGUUGCCAGAGUUGUUGAGCACCACUUCGACUUUGGCUACUGACAUCGGACGCCUCCAUUCCUCCCGCCACACACUCGUCUACAACCACCACCAUCAGCUGUUCAGCGCUGGCGACACCAUCAGCGCGCUUAACACCCGCACACCCCAACUACUCAGCAUCGUGACCGACCUCCAGGAACGGUUCAGCGAAAUGUCGCAGCUCGCUGACAGCGUCGCCCUCCCAGACCCCUCUGCCGUCGACGACGGCGUGCGCGCCCGCGCAAUCGCGCAGCAGGGGAUCGAGCGCCUCCGCCUGAUGCUCGUGGCAGAAGAAUCGCCCGACGCACUCCGCGAGGCGUGGGGCAAGGUCGAGGCGACACUGAACGGACACAAGUGUGAGGGCCUGGACCUGCUCCUCCAAAAGGGCCGCGCGAUGGCGGCCACCGAGUAG